CUCUAUUACUGUGGAGACGAAAAAGACUCGCGUGCGGCGUUACAAGAUUACUGCUUCUGGAUUAAGUUGGAGCAAUAAAAGCUCAGACUGGAAUGGAAGAAGACAGAGAGCGUGAGAAGUUUGGCCUCCCAGGGAGUAUGAAAUCUGAGGAAGAGUCAGACGUAAGUGAGAAUACAGAAGGGGAGGAGGGCAGAUGUGAGCAGAUCCCUCUACGUCGCUGGUUAAUGCACGGGGCAGUGAUGUUUGGCCGAGAGUUCUGCUACGCCAUCGAAAUGGCCCUAGUGACACCCAUUCUGCUGCAGAUAGGGCUUCCUGAGCAAUAUUACAGCCUAACCUGGUUCCUCAGUCCCAUUCUGGGUUUAUUCUUUACACCUGUGAUAGGCUCAGCCAGCGACCGCUGUAAGCUGAGUUGGGGCAGGAGAAGACCAUUUAUACUUGCCUUGUGUGUGGGUGUGCUGCUGGGAGUGGCACUCUUUUUAAAUGGGUCAAUAAUAGGCCUUUCUGUAGGUGAUACCCCCAGCAACCAGCGAAUUGGCAUCAUCCUCACAGUAGUAGGGGUUGUGGUGCUGGACUUUGCUGCUGAUGCUGCUGAUGGGCCAAUCAGAGCUUAUCUUCUUGAUGUCGCUCACACUGAGGAGCAAGAUAUAGCUCUGAAUAUUCACGCCUUUUCUGCUGGACUCGGUGGCGCAGUUGGUUACGUGCUGGGUGGUGUAGACUGGGCUGGCACAGCUCUGGGGUUUGCAUUGAAAUCACAAGAACAGGUUCUCUUCCUGUUCACUGCCAUAAUUUUUAUUAUCUCUGUCACACUACACAUGCUCAGUAUUCCUGAGAAACCUUUCGACUCCGUUCUCCAACUUAAAUGCUCAGCAGACCGAAUGCCAUCCAGCCAGUCCUCUUUGAGGCUCACUGGGGAAAUGAAACCUUCACUUGGUGUAAUUCCAGAGGACGUUACUUUAUUUGAUGCCCCCUUCAGAGCAGCUGAUGAAUCCCUUCUGGAAGGGAUGGAAAUGGACUUCCUCUGUGGGGAACCCAUUCGUUGUAAAAGUGAUUCAGUUUUAGCUGUGCCAGACUCUACGAUCGAAUUAGAUCCUGAUCUUAAUCCAUAUGCCCAGCAUUUCCUGCCAGAAGAACAUCACUUUCUUCCAAAGACUGACAAAGAGCUAGAAGAUGUGUGUAAGUCAUCAGACUACAGUAGUGGAUCUGCUGAUGUUCCACCUUUCAGAAGCCCUGCUCUUACUGAUGGCAUGUUGGACUUGGGACCCACUGAGACAGUUCCUCCUCAGCUCAAAGAUCCAGUAGGCCGUCCGUCUCCUCCUCCUCCCCAGAUCAGCACUUUUUUCAAAGACACAGGUCUGAAAACACAGACAGAGGCUGCCAGUGGCACCAAUGCUGCCAUGUUCACUUUUCAACACUCUCAGCCAACGAAACACCUUCACCCCUUCAGGCAAAUAAACCAUCGCACUCCACACGCACCUGCCUUCUACAGACAGCCCUCUUUCACCAUCUCUUACUAUGGACGAGUGGGAUUACGGCACGUUGAUAUGCAUCGCAAAACUUUUCAACCAAUCACCACUUCCCGUAGUCUUAACGACCUGAGUGAUCUCAAGCAGCGUUUGCACAGGUGCCAUUUGUAUCAAUCAGUGAGCAGUCUGUCAUCUGAGACCUCCAGCAGUGUUGACGUGCAAGAGGAAGUCACGACUGUACGACUGCUCUGGUUGUCCAUGUUCAAGAUGCCCAGGCAGCUGUGGAGACUGUGUGUGUGUCACCUCCUCACGUGGUUUGCCAUUAUAGCUGAAUCUGUGUUUUAUACAGACUUCAUGGGACAAGUUGUCUACCACGGAGACCCCACGGCACCUGCCAACUCCACAGAGCUGCUGAACUAUAACAAAGGAGUGCAGAUGGGGUGCUGGGGCAUGAUGGUCUACGCUGCUACUGCUGCUGUCUGCUCAGCUAUCCUUCAGAAGUCUUUGGAUCAUUUUGACCUGAGCGUGAAGAUCAUCUACAUUAUUGGGACACUGUCAUUCUGCAUAGGAACUGCCAUCAUGUCCAUUUUCCCUAAUGUAUAUGUUUCUGUGGUGAUGAUCAGUAGCAUGGGCAUCAUCUCCAUGAGUAUCUCAUACUGUCCCUAUGCCUUACUUGGGCAGUACCAUGAAAUCAGUGAGUACAUUCACCACAGCCCAGGAAAAACUCGAAGAGGUUUCGGUAUAGACUGCGCUAUUUUAUCUUGCCAGGUGUAUAUCAGUCAGAUAUUGGUUGCAUCACUCCUUGGACCAAUAGUCGAGCUUGUUGGUAGUGUGCGUGCCAUUUCUGUAGUGGCCUCUGGGGGUGCAUUCCUUGGUUUUCUUAGUGCCUGUUUUCUAGUCAUAUACCCUGAAUUGGAACACAGCAUCUUGGAGCAGGACCGAAGUUCAGAGGGUGUAUCUGGUGACAAUGGCCCUGAUGGACACAGGACCAAUCAGACAUUGACUCUGCUGGACCGGAGUGCCUCUGUUGUUUGAACAAAAACGGGCAAGAAAAUGUUUGGGGUCAUCGUGACCAAGUUCAAAAGUUCAAACCACAAUGUGGAUUAUACCAAAUCCUUCUGGUCUGUGCCUUUCUGAAAAACGUCUGAGAAACACUUGACAGUAUUUAUUGUUCAACAACCAUCACUCUGGAACAGGUCAUUCCAAGAGCUGUGUCUACACACUGGACUUGGAGAAUUUUUUUUAAUGUGUCAAACAGUUUGUUAAACACGAGAUGAGAACAGGGAAUCUCUCCUAUGGAUGUCUUCAUUCAGUGGUGAGCCAGGUCAGAUUAAUGCACACUUUUACCAGGGCUGAAGUCCUGAAAACUUAUUAUUAUUAUUAUUAUUAUUUUUUUUUUUUUUUUUUACUCUGCCCCCCAGGUUCAAAUGUGUCAUUUUGCUUUUCUCCAAAAAGUACCAUUCAGCUCUGAAGAACCAUAGUAGCGGUACUGCAUUUUUAAAAAUUUAUUAUUGUUCUUAAGUGUUAAUAAAUGUCUGUCCGAUUGUGAUGUGGGAGGAAACUUUAGUUGUGGUCACAUGUCCAUUUUUUACACUCCAGGGACCGUUUUAGGGAAGUAUUGUUGGCUGGAUCACUGCCAGUAAAGAACAGACCUUAAAUUUUACCAGAUUUGCAAACACUGAAAGGUACUUUUUUAAAAGUAUUGCAGAUAUUUUACUAAUAGUCCAUGGGCCAGACCAAAU